GAAAGACUCUCCGCUGAGGAAUUCAACAGGAACUGCGCACGAAAGAGGAGCUCUAACCCAGGAGCUGCAAGCCCUGCAGUCUGAGGCCUCACCUGCCCUCCCUCAUCCUCCUCCCCCCAUCUCCUGUCUGAGUCCUGCACCUGUUCUGACUCGUCAGCCAGCCCAGCCUGAGCCUGCUUGACACUGUGGCUGUGGGUGCGUGUGGAGCUGCAGAAAUUUCCCUGCAGGAGUAACAGUGUGGAGCACGUUACAAGGACGCAGGGGGAAGAGGGGGUGAAAAAUAAUUCUCCUGGUGGGGAGACAGAGUUGGAUUGAGCAUUGGACGGCGGACAGAGAAAAGCGAAAUCUCCAAACCAAAGGAUUGUGCAGUUGGAAGAGCAGCAGGUAUGAAAAGCCAGACUGUGGUUGUGUCUGUGGCUCUGCUGGCCCUGUGCUGCCUGCUGAUCCCCAGAGGAGGGGAGAGCGCUGGGGGGAUAGCUUCCCUCCGGCAGGCCGAGGGGGAGAGGCGGGCAGGGGAUCAGCCGCGAGACGAGUCCCUGGAUGACCCAGAAAGUGAGCAAGGACUCGCAGCGGACCCACACCCACUGGGAAGCAGCAGCAAGCACAAAAGAGACGCUCAGGAGGCUGCAGGGGCAGGAGUUUCGGGCAGGGUGAGGAGAGCGCCGGACGAAGGCAAAAAGAAGAAGAAGGACAAGAAGAAGAACAAAGAGCCAAAGGACCCCAACGCCACCAAAAAGCCCAAAACUGACAAGAAGGGAAAGAAGAAGGACAAGCAGACGACGACCACGACGCUCCCACCGACCACAACACCGAUCCCGACUGAACCUCCCACUGAACCCGAGCCCUACACAGACUACUACCCCGACGGUGACAAUGAUUACUGGAAGCCGGACGAUGACUACUGGGAUCCCGAGCCCACAUCAUCCAGGCCUGAGACUCCGAUCACAGAUCUUCCAUACGACUACUGGAAGCCUGAGGAGGAAAACCCAGCUGCUCCAGUAACAGACGGCUACGAUGACUACUGGAAGCCAGAGGAGAAAGAGCCAUCCACUCCAACGCCUGACGCCUACGACGACUACUGGAAACCAGAUGAGAAGGAACCAUUCGCUCCUGUGACUGACAACUAUGACAGCUACUGGCAAGAGGUGGACCCGACGCCCCCUGCCCCUGAGGUUGAUGGGAAGGCGGGGACAGAUGACAGCGAUUACUGGGACGCCACAUUUGAGGUGCCAGAUAACCUUCCAUUCCCUGACGGUAAAGAGGUCAGCCCUGAAAUCGAAGUGGAAACACUGACAGAGGAGCCCACAGCCAAUCCUCCCUACGAGGGGACGUGGUAUGAUGAUUACGACGAAUAUGGAAUAAGGAGGAAAGAAGACGAGACGGACGAGAAAUGGAUGGAGAAGGAGAGGGAGAGAGCACAAAGAGAGAGAGAGAGGGAAGAGAGAGAGAGAGCGCAGAAGCUGAAGGAGGCUGAGGAGCGGGCCAGGAGCAGACCACGUGUCUUCAAAGAGCCCAAGAAGUGUCCUCCCCUGGGGAUGGAGUCCCAUAAGAUCGAGCCAGACCAGCUCACAGCCUCCUCUAUGUCUCAGUACAGUUUUGCCCCUCAGAGGGCGCGCCUCAACAUGCAGGGCUCAGAGGAUGAGGACAACAUGAGAGGUGGAGCGUGGUGUGCAAACUCAGAGGACAGGAUCCACUGGUUUGAGAUAGAUGCUCGCAGGGAGACGGAGUUCACAGGAGUCAUAACACAAGGACGGGACUCCUCGAAUGAGAGUGACUACGUUACGUCCUACUUCCUGGCUUUCAGCAAUGACAGCAGAGAGUGGACCACCAUCCACGACGGGUACGCCGACUGGCUGUUCUUCGGAAACAGCGAUAAGGACACUCCGGUGAUGAACCAGCUGGCGGAGCCCGUGCUGGCCCGCUACAUCCGAAUCGUCCCUCAGAGCUGGAACGGCUCUCUGUGUAUGAGGCUGGAGGUGCUGGGCUGCCCCGUGCCUGACUCAGCCGAUGUUCAGUACAGACAAAAUGAGGUGACCCCGGUGGAUUAUUUGGAGUUCAAACAUCACAGCUACUCAGAGAUGGUCGCACUGAUGAAGUCGGUGAAUGACGAGUGUCCCAACAUCACCAGCAUCUACAGCCUGGGCCGCAGCUCCAAGGGACUGGACAUCGUGGCCAUGGUGAUCUCUGGCAACCCCACAGAGCACGAAAUAGGUGAGCCUGAGUUUCGCUUCACGGCUGGUCUCCACGGAAACGAGGCACUGGGCCGGGAGAUGAUCCUGCUUCUUAUGCAGUACCUGUGCAAAGAGUACAAAGACAGAAACCCCCGAGCCCAGCGGCUGGUCGAGGGAAUACGCAUCCACCUGGUGCCCUCGCUCAACCCUGACGGACACGUGGAAGCUUUUGAAGCGGGAUCAGAACUGAGUGGAUGGACCACGGGACACUUCACUGACGAAGGCUUUGACAUCUUCCAGAACUUCCCGGACCUGAACAGCAUCCUGUGGGAUGCUGAAGAUAAGGGCAUGGUUCCCAAACUCACCCCCAAUCACCACGUACCCAUACCGGAUAACUUAGAGGCCAACAGCUCGAUUGCCGUGGAAACCAGGGCCAUAAUCACCUGGAUGAAAAGCCAUCCAUUUGUGUUGGGCGCAAACUUCCAGGGCGGAGAGACAAUUGUGGCCUAUCCUUAUGACAGCUUACGUCUCAACAAGCCUGCCGAGAGCCAGAAACCCCACAGCCGCAAGAAGAGACAGUAUGAAGAAGAAGGUUAUGAUGUGACCGAGUGGGGACGGGGCUACCAUGAGGAGCCAGAGGAAGACUGGAGAGGAAGGGGAUAUGCAGAGCCAGAGGAGGAGUGGAGGGGCCAAGGCUACGACCACGGUUACGACCACGGUUAUGACCACGGUCACGACCACGGUCACGACCACGGCUACAACCAAGGUUAUGGCCACAGAGAGGAGGAAGAGGAUGACAGAGGAAGAAGCGCCGGCUACCAGUACUCUGAGCCCGAGGACGAGCCUCGGGUGAUUGCAGACGAGUCCCUCUUCAGGUGGCUGGCUGUCUCCUACGCCUCCACACACCUGACCAUGACACACAACUACCACGGCUCCUGCCACGGAGACGCUCCCACAGGGGGGCACGGCCUCGUCAACCGGGCCAAGUGGAAGCCGAUCACAGGAAGUAUGAAUGAUUUCAGCUACCUGCACACCAACUGCUUCGAGUUAUCCAUAUUCCUGGGCUGUGAUAAGUUCCCUCAUCAGAGUGAGUUGGCCCAUGAGUGGGAGAAGAACAAAGAAGCAAUGUUCAUCUUCAUGGAGCAGGUGCAUCGUGGCAUCAGGGGCAUUGUGAAGGACCAGCAGGGGAACGCCAUUCCAAACGCCACUGUGUCUGUGGAGGGAAUAAACCAUGAUGUCACUACAGCACCGACAGGAGACUACUGGCGGCUGCUUAACCCGGGGGAGUACCGCGUGACGGCUCGAGCUGAGGGCUUCUCCCCUAUGACCAAGCUCUGCGUGGUGGGUUACCAGUCAGGAGCCACCGCCUGCAGCUUCAACCUGGCCAAGUCCAACUGGGACCGCAUUAAACAGAUCAUGGCCCUCCAUGGCAACAAGCCAAUUCGACUCAGCUACAGCAACACCAGAUCGCAGUACCCGGCAGUUGUUAACGGCAACAGGCGUAUAGUUGAUAACAACACUGGGCAUUCGCGAAUCAGCGCUGAAAGGCAGAGGAGGCUCAGGAUAGCUCGCAUCCGUCGCCUGCGGCAACUGAGAUUAAUGAGGUUAAGAUCGACGACGACGACGACAACGACGUUACCUCCGACAACAACCACGAUUCCCACAACGCCAGAGACCACCACAUCCUGGUAUGACUCGUGGCUCAUAGGGGAGGGACAGUCCUCGACGCCCGGCGGUUUCACAGACUCCAUCCUGGAUUAUAACUACGAGUACAAGAUUGAUGACUAUUAAACCAAACACACACGAUUCAGUAAACACGCGGCCGUCCUCUCCUACUUGUGGUUCUCAUUGCCAUGUUUUACUUUGAGCAGGUUGAUAAAGAAUCAAGAAUCCUGUCUUUGUACGCAAGCAAUGGCAAUGUACAGAACGUUAACUAUAUUAAUUGUAUAAAGAUAAUGUAUGUAUCACUUAAGAAAAUGCCUCUUCAGAGAAACUGACUGUUAAUCAUAACUCAGAGUGACCAUCACGUUGCAUUUUUCAGACUUAUUCAGUUUUAAUGACACUGUUUGCUUCAUGAGAGAUGUUUAUUGUGGAUCCACAAACACCAAAGUCAUGGCUUUUCUUUUUCACUUCACCAGAGUUUAAUUAUUUACAGUCUUCAUCCAGCAGAAAUAUUUUUUACAGUGUGAAAAGUCACUAAAGGUUUAAAAAGCAUUUGUUCAAAGUUGGUAACAGAGAGUCAGGGGAGGCAAAGAUUUUUUCUGUCAUGUUUCCUCAGACGCAGUUUGGGUAGAAGAGUUAUUUUUCAAAUAAACGCUUUUUAAU